GAUAGGAAAAUCACAAAAGGGUGACGAGGAAGAAUGAUUUUGAAACCAAAAAAAAUAGUGCAUUGCCAUCUACUGCAUAGAUUUACAUAUCUAAAUAUUAUGACUCUAUGUUUCAACUUAGAAUUUAUUCAAACUGCCAAGUAUCCUAUUUAUUCAUAUUCCUAUUAGAAAUUGUGAGAUAUUGACUGCUAACUUAAUACACGUGUGUAUUAGACUUGUUCUCAUUGACUGGCUGUUAGAUAGAGUUAGUCAUAUCCUAAGUUUAUGUUCGGUAUUGACUCUGGUCAAAGAGUCAACGAUUAUAUAAAGGAUUCAAUACACUUUGUAAUGUACUGUAACAUUCUAUUACUCGUUAAUAAAUACUUUGAGAGCUGGUUUCCCCGUGGAUGUAGGUUGUUUAAUACAACUGAACCACGUAACACUGUGUUCUUCUUGUGUGUGAGUAAUGAAUUGAGUGUACCAUUGUUCUUAGCUGCUUAGAGAGUUUAUUUUGGUGUUAGUGAGAAAUCUGAACUUGUGUACGACAAUUGGUAUCAGACGCUAGGCUGUUCGAAGUGGAAGAUCUUGAUUUUAAAUUCAAGAUUCAGGUGAACAAUUGGAGAAGAUGGGAAGUGCCAAGUUCGAUAUGGAGAAAUUUACAAAUUUGCAGGCAAGAACGAUUUUGGCUUAUGGUGUGUGAAGAUGAGGGCUCUACUGGUUCAACAGGGAUUGCAGGAUGCUCUGUUGGGGGAAAAGAAACUACCAGCUGCAUUGUUUGAAAAAGAGAAGACUGUUAUUCUUGAAAAGGCUCAUAGUGCUAUAAUUCUUAGUCUCGGAGACAAGGUGUCGAGGGAAGUUUCAAAGGAAACAACAGCAGCAAGCCUAUGGCUCAAAUUGGAAAAUCUUGAAAUGGUAAAAUCUUUAGCCAAUAGAUUGUUCUUGAAGCAAAAAAUGUAUUCUUUCAGAAUGACACCAGGGAAAAAUAUUGAAGAUCAUUUGGAUGAUUUCAAUAAUAUAAUUCUUGAUUUAGAGAACAUAGGUCCAAGAUAGAAGAUGAGGACCAAGCAAUCAUAGUUUUGAAUUCUCUUCCAACCAAAAGUUAUAAACUUUUUGUGGACACCAUGAUGUAUGGUAAAGACUCAUUGACAUUAGAGGAAGUGCAAAAUGCAUUAAUGUCUAAGGAGAUGAAGAGAAGGUCAGAACAGAAAGAAGAAAGCUCAGGUGAUGGUUUAUUGGUUCGGGGUAAGGCUUUCAAGAAAGAGAACAAGGGUCAGCAAGAUUCAAGAAAGGGGAAAUUGAAUUUAAAAUUCAAAAGAAGGUGCUUCAUAUGUAACAAGACUUCUCACUUGAAGAAAGAUUGUCCAAUCCUAAAGAAUUACAAUCAAAUGAAACAUGGAGAUGCAGAUGUGGUUUCCGAUUGUGCUGAUAGUGAAGGUUAUGACAGUGCAGGGGUUUUAGCAGUAACAAAUGGUUGUUUUGAGUUAGGAUGGGUGAUAGACUCGGGUUGCUCAUUUCAUGUAUGCCCUAAUAAGCAACAAUUUUUCAGAUUACAAGAAAGUUGAUGGUGGCACUAUGAAACUUGGUGAUAAUCAGUCAUGUUCUGUGGCUGGAAGUGGAACAAUCAAGCUACAUUAAGGAGGGAGUGUUACUGAAUUGAGGCAAGCAAGGCAUGUUCCUGACAUAAAAAGGAAUCUCAUUUUAGUUGCAAUGUUUGAUCAGAAUAGUUGUUCAGUCAAAGUCGAAAAUGGCAUGCUCAAAGUUAUCAAGGGAUCUAUGAUAGUCAUGAAAUGCUCUAUAGUUAAUGGGAUUUAUGUACUACAGGGAAGUACUUUGAAGGAUCAGAUUAAUAUAGCGUCAAAGGAUACAAAGAAUCCAACUAUGAUCUGGCAUAGAAGACUUGGGCACAUUGGUCAUGGGAGUCUAAAAAUUCUCUGCAAAAAGGGAGUAUUUGGCAAAGAUCAGAUACAAGAUUUGGGCUUCUGUGAACAGUGUGUGCUUGGGAAAUCUACAAGGGUGAAGUUUGGUACUGGAAUACAUAAAACAAAAGGCAUCUUAGACCACAUACAUUCGGAUCUAUGGGGACCAUCAAGGACAAUUUCAAGAGGUGGUGCCAGGCAAGCUGGUAUUGGAAGACAUAUAACUGUUCCUCGGACUCCUCAGCAGAAUGGACUUGCUGACAGAAUGAAUAGAACAAUUUUGGAAAUGGUCAGAUGUAUGUUGAGUCUUGAAAGGUUACCAAAGAAUAUUUGGGCAAAGGUUGUAGUCACGACUUGAUAUUUAAUCAAUAGGCGCCCUUAAGUUGGACUAGACAAGCUACUAAGUAUGAUCACAUAUUUGGGUGUGUUGCUUGUGCACACAUAAGACAAGACAAAUUAGAGCCAAGAGCUAGGAAAUGUAUUUUCCUUGGGUAUCCCGAAGGUGUGAAAGGAUACAAAAUGUGGAGCAUAGAACUCGAAAAUUAUCAAAGGUACUUUGUUAGUCGUGAUGUGAUCUUUGAAGAGGAUAAGUUGUGCAAAGAUGAUGUUCAGACACGAGACAAAGACAUGAUAAAAGCAGCAAAUAUUAAUUCACAAGUUGAGGUGGAGAUUACUGAACUGAAAAGUCAAGUGGAACAAGCUAAAUCUGAAGCAAGUCUUGAAGAUGAAGAACAAGAUUUAUCAAAUAGUGAUGCAGAUUAGGAUUUUGACACUCAAGAUUAUCAAUUGGUCAAAGACCGUAAGAGAAGAGCCAUUAAAGCACCUCACAGAUUUGGUUAUGCAAAUGUAGUUCACUACGCACUGAAUGUUGCUACAUUGAAUGAUGAUGAACCAAACACUUAUGAAGAGGCCAUGAUGUCAAGUGAUAAGCUUGAGUGGGAGAAUGCUAUGAAGGAAGAGAUAGAUUCUCUCAACAAGAAUGAAACCUGGAUUCUAGAUGAAAAGCCGGCUGGAAAGAAAGUGGUUGGAAGUAGAUGGAUAUAUAAGUUCAAAGAAAGUGGUUGGAAGUAGAUGGAUAUAUAAGUUCAAAGAAGGAAUUCCUGGAGUUGAAAAGGCUUGGUACAAAAGCAAGAUUAGUGGCUAGAGGCUUUACUCAAAGAGAGGGAAUUGAUUAUAAUGAGAUAUUUUCACCAGUGGUAAAGCAUACAUCUAUCAGAAUGUUACCGAGUUUAGUAGCUGUGGAAGAUUUAGAGCUGGAACAACAAGAUGUCAAGACAACUUUUCUCCAUGGGGAUUUAGAAAAAAAAAAAAAUUAAUGAAACAACCAAAAGGUUUUGAAGUAAAGGGGAAAGAGGAUCAUGUGUGUCUAUUAAAAAGGUCAUUGUAUGGAUUGAAAUAGUUACCACUGCAAUAGUACAAACGUUUUGACGAUUUUGUCACCAAAACUUGUUUCAAGAGAAGCUCAUAUGAUAGCUGCGUGUAUGUCGAAAUGCCAAGGCUCUAGUUUAUCUACUUUUAUAUGUAGAUGAUAUGCUCAUUGCAAGCAAGCAUAUUGGUGACAUAGAUAAAGUAAAGAAGCUGUUAAAUAGAGAGUUUGACUUGAAAGACCAAGGUUCGGCUAAGAAAAUUCUGGGGAUUGAAAUCAUUAGAGACAGAAGGAAUAGAAGACUAGAGCUAUCUCAGAGUGGAUAUAUCUCCAAAAUCUUGAAAAAUUCGGAUUUGCAGAUGUCAAGCCAGUGGUUACACCGAUUAGUCAAGAAUUCAAACUCUCCAACGCUGAAUCUCCUCUUACUGAAGAAGAAAGCAGGCAUAUGGAGAAAAUACUUUGUACAAAUAUAGUCGGGAGUGUAAUGUAUAUUAUGGUUUGUAGCCGACCUGAUUUGUGCCAUGGGGUAAGUGCAGUGACCAGAUUUAUGGGAAAACCAAGCAUGGAACAUUGGAGAGCUGUCAAAAACAUUAUGAGGCAUCUAAAAGGUACCAUAAAUAUUUGAUUGGUAUGUGGUUCAAACUCAGAUAAAUCACUGGUUGUUGGAUAUGUGGACAGGUUAUGUUUUUCAAUUAUGUGGUUGCCCUAUAAGCUGGAAAGCUAAUCUUCAAUCUAUUGUGACCUUAUCUACAACAGAAGCAGAGUAUAUAGCUUGUACAGAGGCAGUUUAAGUUCUAUGGCUCAAGGGAAUCACUAAAGAACUAAGGGGUGGAACAAAGAGUUGUUGGGGUCUUCAGUGACAGCCAAAGUGCUCUGCACCUUCGUAAGAAUCAAGUAUUCCAUGAAAGGACCAAACAUGUUGAUGUGACACUACAUUUUAUCAGAGAUAUUAUCUCAGAAGGAAAAGUUAAACUUAACAAAAUCUCCACACAAGACAAUCCAGCUGACAUACCAAGCCACUGCCAACAGUAUAGUUUAGACACUGUCUAAAUUUGCUACAGAUCACCUGAAGAAUGAGCAUAGUGAUCGUGGAUUCCAGCCUCUUAGUUUGAAGUUUUUUGUAUUGUACAUGUCAAGGUGGAGAAAUUGGUGAGAUAUUGACUGCUAACUUAAUACAUGUGUAUAUUAGACUUCUUUGCAUUGGCUGGCUGUUAGAUAGAGUUAGUCAUAUUCUAAGUCCUAAUACUGUUAUGUUCGGUAUUGACUCUGGUCAAAGAGUCAACUAUUAUAUAAAGGACUCAAUACACUUUGUAAUGUACUGUAACAUUCUAUUACUCAUUAAUAAAGACUUUGAGAGUUGGUUUCCCCGUGGAUGUAGGUUGUUCAAUACAACUGAACCA